AUGUGUAGUGAGAGUUGUAGGGGGCUAGGCCAGCACGGCCUUGAGGCCAGCUUCUCCAAUGAGGAACAUCUCAGGACUCAAUACCUGGUCCUGCGGAGGCUGGGCCGGGGUGGCUUUGGCCAAGUGAGACUGGCCUACCACCGCCUCACUGGGAUGGAGGUGGCUGUGAAAGUCGUGAAGAAGGGAGAGCGUAACUUCCUCAGUGGGUCAGAAGUGGACCUGAUGAGGGCGCUGGACCACCCGCAGGUGAUCCGGCUGUUCCAGGUCAUCGAGGGGCAGCAGCACAUCUUCCUGGUGAUGGAGCACGCAGCGGGAGGACCGCUGUGGCGCAGCAUCCUCCACUUGGGGCGCCUGCGGGAGGCGGAGGCCCGGAGGCUGUUCUGGCAGAUGGCGUGCGCAGUGCGCUAUUGCCACGCGCGGGGCAUCGCUCACAGGGACCUAAAGCCCAACAACAUCCUCCUGGACGAGGCAGGCAACGUGAAGCUCGCCGACUUUGGCCUGGCCACGUGGUUCACGCCCGGCCAGAAGCUGCAACUGUUGUGUGGAGCUUUAUCAUUUCGGGCCCCAGAGGUCUACCUGGGCCAAACCUACGACGGCCCCAAGGUGGACGUCUGGAGCCUGGGAGUCAUGCUCUACCUCAUGGUCACCGGGCAGCUCCCGUUCAAAGGCAUCACCCUUAGGGAGCUCAAGCCGCAGGUCCUGAAGGGAAGGUUCACCAUCCCCUACCACCUCUCAGCUGUAGGGCGCAGCCUCAUCUACUGCCUGCUGACCCAGGACCCCGUGCAGAGGCCCACGAUGGAGGGAGUCCUGCUGCAUCCCUGGCUCAGCGCCACUGAGGAACGCCCACCAACUCAUUCCAGCCCAACGCUCCCUAACCGCCUGGACCCCACCAUCAUGCUGGUCAUGAUAGACAUGGGUUUUGACCCUCCCCAGGUACGGGACUCUCUGCUGCGCAGACGAUGCGAUGAGGCCUCCUGCACCUACCUCAUGCUCCAGCGCCAGAAACACCAGGGCCUUGGCUACACCUCGCCACUUCAGCCAGUGCUUCACAGGCCUAUGUCUUGCCAGCUUCCCGCCAUUCCUUCCUCCUCCCCUCCCACCCAAAAGAGUGCCAGUGCACCUGCCCUCAGCCCCAUCACUUCCUUAUCCCCUGUGGACCAUUCAGAGGAUGACUCACAACCAUGGCAGGGGAGUAGCCAAAGAAGUACCAUGUCUGCCACGCCCCUCCUCAUGCUUCGGAAGAGCACCCCCACUCUCCUCAAAGUCCCCCAGAGUGAUACUAUGGCUGCCCCCUCGGCUGCACCCUUCUCCUCCUCCUCCUGGAGCAGCAGUGGGAGCAGCAUGGAGAACCUCCGCAUGACCUUCAAAGGAAACAAUCCCUCGGUGGGGCAACUCCAUGGUGUAAACAAACCCUCUGCCUGUGACACAGAGAGACUCCCAGAGAACCUUGGUUUAGCCUACAAAAGAAACAAUCCCCUCGUGGGACAACACCAUGGUGUGUACACACCCUCUGCCUGUUACACAGAGAGACCCUCUGGUGGGAUCCCACACUCUACAGGUCAGGGGCACCGGCACUGGGAAGCAGUGAGCAGGAGGAUUGCCAACUGUCUUCAGAGAAUGUGCUGCUGCCUUCCAACCCCAAAGACACUCCCCUGGAACAGAGUGGUGCCAGGGAGAUAG